UCUUCAGGCUCUGCUGAAUAGCAGAAAUCUGUCAGACAGAGACUUCUCAAAGCAGAUUGUAGGUAAAAAGAGUUCAGCACACUGGGUCCGAUCUUCUGUCUUCUUGGAGAAGCCAACGUGUGGUGAGGGGCUGUUGUCUGGAUGCAAAUUGUGAAAGCUGUGAACAGAUCUCUUCAAGUGAAUGGUUGCUUGCUCUGGACAUCUUGUCAAGGUGACUAUAUCAUGGCUACGGGCCCAACAGAGGUCACACAGUCACCUGAAAGAGGCGACAGGGUUGAAGAGUGCUCAGGAAAGAAAAAAUCUAAAUUUCAGACUUUCAAGAACUUCUUUGCCAAGAAGAAAAGGAAAGAACGUCCACCUCCCAGGGGGGAGAGUAAUUUAAAACCUAGCCAGUCCAGCAGCGAUGUCAGCAUCUCUGUGCUCGACACUACUGCACUUCAUUCACCGAAGGAGGCAGGGCCCAAAAGAAGCAUGGGAAACAAAGCCUUGUCUCAUGACAGUGUCUUCAUUUUUGAUUCUGCACCAGGAAAUGUGGCAAGUGAUAUAUUGUCUCAAGGAAACACACCUGGAAGAGUGAAAACUUUGCAGCUUCAGCUGCAGCAGAACAUCAGGCUUGGGUCACCUCCUCUUGUUAUAACUGGAAAGAAACUGGAAGAUGCAGGUGCAGUUUCUGAAGAUGAUGGUUUACCUAGAAGCCCUCCUGAAAUUUCAACCCUUCAUGAAGUUCUGACAGAUUCACCAAGCAAGUCCUCCAACCCUGUUCAACGUCAUAGCUCUUUGAGUUUAGGCGGGACAGACAGUGAAGAUGAACAGAUACCUUCUGGAGCUUCCUCCAGGCCCAUCAGUCCUUCAUCCUCUGCCACUGCAGGGGCCCACAGCUCACGAGGCAGCAGCUUCCUUCCCGUUGAUUUCACCAUCCCUGCCAGUCCCCUUGGCUGCCUGGACACUUCAGCAGCCAGGCACAGGAUUGCCAUUAACCCCCGGAGACAGAAAGGCUUCACCAACAAGAAUCAGCAAACCCCCCAGGUGGAACAGCUGGAAAAUGAAACAUGUCUUCCUGCAACUCCAGAAAAGAAGGGAAAAUCAACAGAACUACUUGACAGUGGCCAGCAUAAAAGCGAUAGGGAAGGAUUAUCAGUCCAGGUGGGAUAUUGUACAAAGGGAGGCAGUGUAAAAGGUCCCAGUGGUGCUGCCUGUGACUCUCACGAUUCUGCAUUUGUGGCAGAAGACUCUUGUGCUUUGCUGCAAGAGAAAGUGUGCCUUCCAGACAUGGACCAUCACUUCAAAGCAGCUGCACACCUUCUGAGACCUGAGCCUUCUCCAGUGAACUUGGAGGAACACCACAGUACAAAAGUGUCAUACUGUUCAGAUGGGAUUGCUGAGGAAUUGAAAUUACAUCAGCAAAAUUCCAGUACUGAAGUAUCUGCAUUUCCCAAGUUGCAGCAAACUGAAGGAGAAGCUGUUGUGUUUCCAGACAUAUUAGCAGCUGACUUGUUUAGCAAAGGAGUGGAAACAGAAGGUAUAGAUAGAUUGACAAAUGUUACAGAAAGGUCCUCAGUAAAUUCUGUGGUCCUAAACAUCAAAGACCAGGAAAAGGAGAAUCCACUGUUUAUCAGCAAAGUAGAAGCCUGCUUAGGUACUACUGACAGUCAUUCCAGCCAUGCUAGACCAGAUACUCCACCAAGAACUUCUCAGGUUGCAGUAGCUGAUUCAGAGUCUUCUUCUGACAUCAAGACAGUGACUGUUUUAAAGCCUGAAAACAGUUCAGUAACAAGAAAUGACAAAGAAACUUGUGAAAUAAUAGAAUUUCAGUCACCCAAAGGCAAUCCAGAAAUAAAAAAGGACACUGAUACCUCUGUCUCAGGAGCAAGUUCUGUGCUACCUCCCAGUAAAUUGGAAGUAUGUUUUAAAGCAGAAACUGUUUCUGUGUCAAAGUGCAACCAAAGCAGUCCACAGGCCAACACAUCAUAUGCUUCUGAAAAACUUUCCAUUGGAUGUCUUGCCUCUUCAAGUUUGACUGGCUUGAGGAGUAAUAUCUCUUCUGAUGAGGACAGUAAGGAUUCCCUGAUAAGCAAUGCAGCUUCUCACAGAAAAACUGUGGAAGGCAGUGGAUCUUUAGAUGAAAACGUACAAAGUCCACUGAAGACUGCUUCUGCUAAACCAGUCAGAUUUACCAUUGCACCGGCAUGGCAAAGAUCUCUCUCAGGGGGUUCAAAUUCAAAGGAAGAUUCCUACAACAGAAGUUCCCCAACAUCCCCUGUAAGACCAGAGUUGUUUGAAGGUAUGACCAAAGAGCACACACGUUUUGAUGCAGUCAUCCAAGAAUCAGCAAAGACCACUUCAGCUAGACUUGAUCGAGAUUGUAAGGGCGGUGAUUUGCAUUUGAAUUCUUUUACGGAGUGGGCUGACCAUGAAGCACAAAAUGUUGAAAACCCGUUUGGGGUCAGACUAAGGAGAACAUCUUCUUUACUCAAAUACCAGAAUGAAAGUCGUGCUGAGUCUCCAAAGCUGAUCCCCUCAGCUGUUUCCACUGCUACUUCUGCUUCAGUCAAGGAGGAUCGGAAAUUGGUGGGCACUGGAAAGCCGCCUCCAGGCCUUCCUGUCAGCACAAAAUCAUUUGUUAAACAACCAGAUCUCCCCGAAGACAAAAAUGCUCACAAAACAAGAUCAGAGGAAGUGACAAAGAAGCAAAGUUGUCAUAAACCUUCAGAAAAAGUCACUCCUCUCCAUUUGGAAACUGCUUCCUCUGAACCAGCUUGGGUCUCCAUGGCAAAACUAAAACAAAAGGGUUUCCAGGACCACCCUCUUGCCAAAGAACAUAAAACUGAAGAUAGAGCUUUAACCAAAGUGGAUCAAGAGAAGCAAGAGAUCUGUGCUAGUGAGAAUGUGCUGAAGAAGAAUAUGCCUACCACUUUGAGCUCUCAGGACAAGAAAACACAAAUGAGGAACAGUGUGUCUGCUGCAGCAGGUAAAGUUGGACCUAUUGCUCAGGAAGCAUCUGUGAUUCCUGCUGUUGAAAAGGAAGCAAGAUACUCCUCUAACCUGCCAGUGACACCAUGCAGCCCUGCUGAGCCACCCUGGCUGUCCCUGGCCAAGAAGAAAGCCAAAGCAUGGAGCGAAAUGCCCCAGAUUGUACAAUAGCGAAUGACACGAGCAUCCUUCUUUAUAUUGCCAAUAGCUGCGUUAACUCCAUUUAAUCCCUUCUUUACUGUGACCAUCUUUUUGAAAAUUAAGAGCCUUAAAACUUUUGACCAGACUGUUGUGUGUAAAUACACAAUGAAGAAAUGCAUUUCCUACUCCCAAAUCCCAGGAAAACUUCC